GCCCUGAGCUCGGUGCAUCCGCCCUCUCUCCUCUGUGCAGCCUGUUGCUGCCAAACCAGUUGGCAGGCUAUGUCAUUUAAUUUAUUAGAAAGCCUUUUUGAACUCAGGUGACAUCUUCGUUUAGAGAGACUUCUGCUUUAAACUAGAAGUCUGGAUUUGAGUACAUUCUCAGGAGCGCACUUUUGGGGCGGGGGGCGGCGCACCUUCUUCAACCUCUGUGGUUGUGAUUUUUGUUCUUAUUUUUUAUUUAUUUUUUAUUUUUUUUUUGUAUUUUUUUUUUUCCUGCGCUAUUUGAAUGAGUUCUUCCUGGUACAUCAUGCCAUUCUGGAGCAGGCGCCGGUCUAGCGAAAGUGCGGCACCGCUUGCAUGAGUUGCUGAAACUUAAAUGUUCAACAGGAACAGCCAGCUGAUCACCGCGCCUCUUCUGUCAGGUCUCCCAACCUGACUUCCUCCCUCUCAAUCGGCUGCACAACAACCGCUCUGGGAUGGCCUGCCUGCGCGCACCGGGAGCUGCGGGCGCCCUUAAAGCAACAGUUUUCCUCCUAAACAUCAUCUCCGCUGUGGUGGCGAAGAGACACGUGGUUUACUGGAACUCUACGAACACAAGGUUGACGGCGGGAAAUCUCUCUGUCCAGUUGAAUCUCAAUGACUACCUGGACAUCUACUGCCCCAGCUACCCCGAAUCAGGGAGUUUGGUUCCGGAGCAGCCAGAGACUCUGGUCCUCUACCUGGUGGAGGAGGAGGCUUUCAAAGGCUGCGUGGAAACCAAAAAGGCCGUCAAGAGGUGGGAAUGCAACACCCCGUUUGCUCCGUUUGGACCGGUCCGCUUCUCUGAAAAGAUCCAAAGGUUCACCCCGUUCUCGCUUGGCUUUGAAUUCCUGCCGGGGAGACACUACACCUACAGCUCUCUGCCGACAGAUGAAGGCCCUCCUCUGCCAUGCAUGAAGAUGCGUGUCACAGUAUGCUGUGAGCCCACAUCAGAGGGCUCAAAACGAAUACAAGGAUCAAAACCUCGCAGCAGUGUCGUCUCACUGAGGACCACUUCUCUUCCACUCCUCAUCUCCAUCCUCUUACCGCUGAUCACCUGACUCAUCUGUCCUCAGUGCCUGCCUGUGCUCCAUGGGUGCAAUCUCUGGCAUCUAAAGGAAAAAUAAAACUGAGCUCACGGACAACAAAUGGCAAAGUGCAAUCUCUGCCGGACUAAGCCAGGCACAUUAACGACUGUGGUUAGAAAUCCAGGCAGGACGAUGGUUUCUCCGGACCACAGUGACUCAGGGAAAUGACGCCGAAGUGCAGCAAAGCAUUUCUUCCCGUUUUCUUGCUCUACCUGUUGCCUGUCGUACAACUACUCAGAUAAAAUGUUCUCCAUGCGGGAGCCAUCUUAAGACUCCUAUCUCACUUCGAAGCCAGAAGAACAAUGAAAGAAUCAGGACCUCCAGUGAAGUUUUUUAUUUUUGUGUCUUGUUUUUUUUUAUAUAUAUAUACAUAUUUUUUUAUACUUCUUCUGUUGUUUACUUCUGUUUGAGUGGAAGCCUCCAGUUUAAAAAGCGGCCAAAUAAACCUGCUAGAGUAAGGACUGGCUCAGGUUGGAGGUUUUCUGUUUCUUCUUUAAUUUUCUGGACAUGGACUCAAACUCGCACAUUAAUGCCUCAUUAUUAUAAUCACAGCAAAACAAAUCUGCUCUACUUCCAUCUCAAAGGAAAGGCAUUUUGAAUCUGGAAAGGGCAACUCUUGUGGAAAAGUGAGACUGGGCUCCUGCGCCCCCUGCUGGGAUCAAACUGGUUUUUACUGGUUGAACUGGGCUGGACAUACAAGAAGAGACUGGAUGCCGGACUUUGGUUUUUACAGGAGUUGUUCCUCUUUGGGUAACCGGCUCUGCGUUAGGGUUACAACAUGCUUUCUGUUUCAGAGCCACCGGAGAGA